ACAUUAGCUUUUUGUGCUCAAAACAAUAUGCUGUUUAGGUUUUUCCCCCUGUUCUUUUUGUGUGAGAGCACAGUGACAGUGCUGACAAAUAAGUCACAAGGGCUAACUACAGUAGCUGCGGAAGAUAAGCUAUCACCUCUGCAGCUGGUGGCCACACCAGACUACCCAGUUGCAGCAGGUCAAGAAGUCCACCUCCACUGCAGUGCUUUCACCAUGCCAAUUGUCACUUGGUCUUGGCAACACCUGGAAAAUCAGACCUGGCUAGAAGUGGGCAUCGGUACAGAUCUGACACUCACCAAGCCAGAGCAGAGUGGGCUUUACCACUGCAGUGCAGAGACCAAGUCUCUUCAGAAGAGUGUGAGCCCUAACCACACAGUCUAUAUCGUCUCCAUGCCUGCAGCGACAGCUGGUGAGAAUUUAGGAAUAGCUGCCUUCACUAUCUCUCUCCUGGCCUUGAUCAUCAACCUUGCUAUUCUUUUUCGGCUAUGCUGGCAAAGACUUGGUGACCCCUUGGUGACCACCUCCAGCACUGCAGCUAAAGGUAUUCCCGGACCUGAAAAUUUGCCAAAGGGAGGUUUGCCACAGGCUGACAGUGAUCGAGAUGUGUACAUGAAUUACACAAACACCAACCGAGCCUACACUGAUCUGGGCUCCACCCAUAAGAAUGAAGAUAAUGUGUAUUCAGUUCUGUCAUGA